GUGGCGGCUUUCCAGAGAACAUGGAUAAAUUCUCUUAUUUCCAGUCUGGAAUAGUAGAUCAGAGUAGGAAGGAUGUAUGUUGUGAUACAGAUGUGGUGGAGAUGGUGAACACCACAACUGAACUGUAAAGCAUAAAUAUUUUUGUUGUAAGAGGUGAUGAUCCUUAUCUCGAUGAUGUUCUUAUUGGAGGAGAUAAAGAGGAAGAAGAACCGAAGAGUGAUGAUGAAUGGACUGACUUUUACAAGGAUGAUUAUGUUGAAAGUGAAGACUCAGAUGAUGAUGAAGGCAAAGUUGAGUUUCUAGUUGGCCAAGAAUUUAUUUCACAAGCUAAAUGUACAGAGACAAUAGAAAAGUAUUCAGUGAAAGAGAGGGUCAAUAUCCGUUUUCAGAGAUCAGAGAGGAAGAAAGUAGCAGCAGAGUGUGUAGCUGAUGGAUGCUCAUGAAGGCUAUAUGCAUCGAUCAAUAGUAGAUCACCUAAUAUGGUUGUUAGAUCAUACAAAGGAACUCAUUCUUGCUACCCUACAGGAACUGUUACUCUCUACACUGCUCCAAAGAUAGCUGUUGAUUUUCUAAACGAGUGUAGGACAAACCCGAACCUUAAAGCUGACCAGAUAAUGCAGCGGUUGGCUCUUAAAGGUCUUCGUGUUCCUAAGACAAAAUGUCAGAGUGCAAGGCAAAUGAUGUUGCACAUAUCAGUGAUGAGUAUGUUGAGCAGUUUACAAGGAUGUAUGACUAUGUCGAAGAACUCAAGAAGACAAAUCCUGGCUCGACAGUAAUAUUAGGUACAAAAGAGAGAAUUUUUGAGACGUUUUAUACUUGUUUCGAGUCUCAAAAAGUUGGUUGGAAGAGUGCUUGUCGGCGUAUCAUUCACUUGGAUGGAACAUUCUUAAAAGGGCGAAUGAAAGGGCAAUUAUUGACUGCAGUAGGAAGGGAUCCAAAUGACCAAAUGUUCAUCAUUGCUUGGGCUCUUGUUCCUGUGGAAAACAAGGUGUAUUGGGAGUGGUUCAUGGAGUUACUGCGAGAAUAAUUAGGUUUAGAUCUUGGAAAUGGAUUAGCAUUAUCUUCAGACCAGCAAAAAGGUUUGAUACAUGCCAUCAAAAACGUGCUUCCUUAUGCGGAGCAUAGAAUGUGUGCGAGGCAUAUCUUUGCCAACUUGAAGAAAAGGCACGGCUCAGCUGAUCCUCUACAUAAGCUAUUUUGGAAGUGUGCAAGAGCUUACAAUAAGCAUGUCUUUGAGAAAAAUCUAGAGAAGAUGAAAACCGUUAAAAUUGAUGCUUAUGAGCAAGUGAAAAAGAGCGUGAAUUCAAACUGGUCUAGGUAUGUAUGUUCUCUUAAUAAUAUAUGUAUAUUUUGGCUAGUUUUGUAUCUUUUGGCGGUAAUGCAUCUUGUCAUUGUUGUUUUGCAAGGCAUUUUUCAGUGACGUUACAAAGUUGCCAGCUGUUGAAAACAAUAUUAGCGAGUCUUACAAUGCUAUCUUGAAACAAGCUCGUCGAAAACCAAUCAUUGCAUUGCUUGAAGACAUUAGGAGGCAUAUUAUGUCAAGCAACAAUGUGAAGAUCAAUGAGAUGAAUAAUGCUAAAGGCUUGAUCACACCAAAAGCGUUAGCUAUCAUAGAAAAGCGCAAGAGGAGUCUGAAGUGGUGUCAUCCAUAUCCAAAUGGCAGAGGCAUCUACGAGGUUGAUCAUGGAAGAAACAAGUAUGUUGUGCGAGUAAGAGACUGUGUUUCCUGCACUUGUCGGGCCUAUGACGUAAGUGGCAUUCCUUACUGCCACAUAAUGUCUGCAAUGUACGAUGUAUUCAAAGACACAAAGUUGUCAGAGACCGUGGUAUCGGAUUGGUAUUCUAUUGAGAAGUGGAAGCUCUGUUACAGAUCACUUAUUUUUCCUGUCAAUGGCAUGGAGUUAUGGGAUAAACAUUAUGAUGUAGUUGUCAUGCCUCCUCCUGAUAGAAUCAUGCCGGGCAGACCAAAAAAGAAUGACAUAAUCCGUGAUCCGAGUGAAAAAGACAGUUGUGAAGCAAGUCAAAUCCAAAAUGAAAACCUUGAGCCAACAGAAAAGAUUAUUGUGAAAUGUUCUAAUUGUGGAGCUCCCGGACAUAACAAAAGAACGUAAAAGGAAGCACCAGUCAAUCCGCCUAACCCACCAAAACCAGCUCCGGAAUUUCCUUCAUUUCAUGCCAACGUUAUAAUGGUAAUCUCAAUCCGCCUAAGUCAUUUCUCUUUUAUUGCUUCACUUGACUCAUUUUUUUUUGUAGACAUGUAGUAACUGUUGUCAAACUGGACACAACAAGCGAAAAUGUAAAGUAGCCUCGGUGUCUAAGCCCCCUAACAUGCCACAAGGAAGACCAUCCAAGAAACCGAAGACUUCAAUGCCAUCUACUGAAGUCGGCCCUACUGGAGAGACUUUAUAAAUUAGCUGAUUUGAUGUUAGGAUUAUCUCAGCUUAAGGUCACUAUGUUUUGAUGUUUCAUUUUUCACGGCUUAAGGUGUUAUAUCCUUCUUUUGGUGUUUUAAAUUACCUCUGGUUAAGGUCAUACGAACCAUGUUACUCUUCUUCCCAACUCAUCAAAUGUUUACAUUUUAUUCAGCAAAGUAAACGAAUAAUAUAUAUCUA